ACAAGAUGCCCUAACAUCAUGUCGGCAUAUCCGGAUGUCGGCAUAUAUAAAGCUUCUCUAGUCCUUAUUUACUGCUGCCGUCAACUAGUCAGUCAAUCAACUCGUCAGCAAAAUGCUCCUCAAUUACAUCCUCCCCCUCCUCUCUCUCUUUUCCUUCCCCCUCACAACCGCAUCACAACCACAAACCCCCAACCUCUCCUACCUCUACACAGCCUACGUCCAAUGCGCCGGUAACAAACUGGAAGACCCCGGGCCCAGCGGUCCAGCCGGCAUGCGGAAGACAAUCCCCAUAGUCGGCGGGAACUUUACCGGGCCCCGUCUAUCAGGUCAAAUCCUCAACGUCGGCGCAGAUUGGGGCACCACAGACCCCGCAACGGAUAUUUUCUCCGCCGACACGCGGUAUAACCUCCGGACGAACGAUGGGGAGGAUAUCUUUAUACGGACGUCGGGGCCGAAGUCGCCGUCGGGACAGUUGCAUCUAAGGGUUUUGUUGGAGACGGGGAGUAAGAAGUAUUAUUGGGUGAAUAAUAUUGUUGCUAUCGGGGUUUUGACGAAUGUCGGGAAGACGGCGAAUUCGUCGCUACUUAAGAUUGAUGCCUGGAAUUUUGCAUCGGACUGGAAUACCACCAAGUUCGUUAAUCAGUAAUCUCUCCGCGUUAGUGCCGAGUGCACAGCCAGUCACCAUAUUCUCAAGGAAUGUAUAUCGUAAUCUGCACAUAGAUACAGCCAUUGAAAAGAAUUGUACAUACAUAUAUUCGUUCAUACUCCAG